AUGGGACUGGAUGAAGCUUUAACGAGCGGAUCGACUUCGACAUCCACGAAUUCACUGUUUUCGUUGAAUCACCGGAACAGCUAUUCCAGUAUAAUAGAUCAAUACUAUGAAGAACAAGAUUCUCCUGUAGAGAGUUUCCACGAAACCACUGCUCUUACCAUUAACUACCCAAGAAGACAGCGCGGUCUUUCCAUAAGUUCCAAUAGCUCAGAAAAGCUUGUCGUGAUACUAGUAGGCCUGCCGGCUGGUGGUAAGUCAACCAUUUCGAAUCAUUUGAUACAAUUUCUGAGUCACAAUACUUCGACACAACAUAUGAGAUGCAAAGUUUUUAAUGCCGGCCAGGUUAGGCGUAAGCUCAGCUGUCGCGGGAGACCGAUGGCAUUAGCGAAUAAUUCAUCUGAAGAUUUGUUUAACCCAAAGAACACACAGAAAAAAGAGAAGUACGCCAAGAUCACACUUAAGGAGCUUUUCAGUGAGCUGAGUAGUGACCUUUGUGAUGUCGCCAUUUUCGAUGCUACAAAUUCAACAGAAAGGAGACGUUCCUUUUUGUUCCAUGAGAUGCGUGUGUUUAACAGCGAUAUCUCACAUAAUUUCCACAUCACCCCACUCGUACUACAGGUGAGUAGUGUUGACCAUGCGUUUGUGAGGUAUAACAUUCACAACAAAACUUUCAAUCAGGAUUAUUUUGACAAACCAUACGAAUUUGCGGUUCGUGAUUUUGCUCGCCGGCUCUCACAUUAUUAUUCUCAGUUUGUACCUUUCACAAAACUUGAAUUUGACCGCCAUGUUGCUGAGGGGAAGUUUAUUGAAGAAGAUCGUGGACUUUUCUGGUUUUCAAUUGUUAAUGCAGGGUUGUCUAAUAGUAGCCAGCUAAAUGCAUCUCAUUUCCCAGAACAAUCUUCUCCAAUGAUCGAAGAACUAGUGCGCGUAAUUGAAUCGUUUGUGGACAGUUAUGCUGAAGUUUAUGGUUUUAAAUAUAUUGAGAAGGCGAAAUCAUUUAUAAAUGGCGAAAGCACCGAGAGGGACCAGGGACGUGCAGGGCAGUCAUCAGAUGUUCCAUACUUGGCAACCCUGAACAGGAUCGUUGAUGAUGAAUAUUUUAGGGAAUUGAAUUGGACGUCUUCCAAUUGA